AUGUCUCCACAAACCCCAAUUAUCCCACUUUUCAUCGUCCUAGCUUCAUUAGUCUUAUGUACUGGUUGGUACAUAGAGGAACCACAUAAUUACCAAACCAAUGUUGAACACUACUACCCUCUGCAUGAUGGUAGAUUGAUCAAGACAAAACAUAGACAUUUUGGUUAUAUGACAAGGCCUAAUAAAGCUACCCAUCUUUCUUCAAGGAGUCGUGGAACAGUUAGUGUUGAUGAUUUUGGAGCCAAAGCUGAUGGAAGAGAUGAUUCCGAGGCAUUUGAGAAGGCAUGGAAUGAAGCUUGCUCUAAAGGUGCUGUCCUUGUGGUACCUGAAAAUAGGAUCUAUACUCUUAAGCCAAUAACAUUUUCAGGUCCAUGCCAACCCAACACUGCCUUUAUGAUCUAUGGAACAAUCGAGGCAUGGACUCAAAUGGAGGCAUAUGGAGAUAGACAGAGCUGGAUUGUGUUUGAUAGUGUCUCAAAUUUCAGGGUUGAUGGUGGUGGUACUUUCAAUGGCAAUGGCAAAAAAUGGUGGCAAAACUCUUGCAAAGCCAACAAGAACCUUCCAUGCAAAGAUGGACCAAGACCAAAAGCCGUGACUUUCUAUCAAUGCAACAAUUUGAAAGUGACUAACCUGAGAUUCAAGGAUGCACAACAAAUGCAUGUGACCUUCAUGAAAUGUUUCAAUGUUAUUGUUUCGAAUCUCGUUAUCAGAGCACCAGGGAACAGCCCCAACACUGAUGGAAUUCAUGUCGCGGAGACACAAAAUAUUGCCAUAAGCAACAGUGACAUUGGCACAGGUGAUGAUUGUAUUUCAAUAAUAAGUGGGUCCCAAAAUGUUCGAGCCACUGAUAUCACAUGCGGACCUGGACAUGGAAUAAGCAUUGGAAGCUUAGGAGCUGAUAAAUCAGAAGCUGAAGUGUCCAAUGUGAUAGUGAACAGGGCCACCUUAACAGGAACAACCAAUGGAGUGAGAAUAAAGACUUGGCAGGGAGGUUCUGGGUAUGCAAGAAACAUCAAAUUUUUGAACAUAAUGAUGCAAAAUGUGACAAAUCCAAUAAUCAUAGAUCAGUACUAUUGUGAUCAAGCAGCGCCAUGCCACGAGCAGGACUCAGCGGUGCAAUUAAGCAAUGUGUUAUACCAAAACAUAAGAGGAACAAGUGCCUCCGAAGUGGCUAUAAAAUUUGACUGCAGCCAAGCUGUCCCAUGCAGAGAAAUCUACGUGCAAGAUGUGAUUUUAGAACCAGAAGGCAACAACGGUGGCACCAUUGCUACAUGUGAGAAUGUUAGAUAUGUGAAUAGAGGAAAGUUUUUUCCUCAAUGCUCUCCUAAGUCUCCUUGA